AUGGACGUGGGCCGCUGCGAUGGGGCCCUGGUCGACUGGAAGUUCCUCCGGAGGGAGCUGGAAGCGUGGAGCCAGCGACCCACAGCCGAUGCGCACCUUGGUGUGGACCCAUGGGACUGGGGGAGGGAGGGGCGGGGUGGAGCCAGCGCCGGCUUGAUGGAGGAGGUUUGGGAGGGCUGUGUGGUGGGCGCCUCACUGUCGGUGCUCCACGCGUCGUUUUGCUCGGAGCCUGGGCCUUCACGCAACGAGCUCUUCCAGCAGGUGGUGGAUGGCGUGUCCUUGCAGGGCUGGUCAGGACUGGCCUUGGAGGUGGACUGGCCAAUUUUCGACCUAGUGGGAGCCCAUGCUGCCGUGUUGAGCUCCGGUCUUUGGGAAGGUCAGGAGGAGCUUUUUCUGGUGGAACCGCCGAGGUGUUCCAAGCUUGAGCCAGGCGACGACGAUCUGGGGAAAGCAUCGCUGAUCACCAUGCACCAUGCGCUGCGCGUGGCUGAAACAGGGCGUUUGGAGCUCAACACUCCGGAGAUCGUGCACUCGCUGAAUUUGCUUUGCUCUUCUCAGCUGGUGAACAGCUUCGCCACAGCAACUGCGUGCGCGUUGAAAGCCUUGGCGGCCCCGCAGGAGUUUCAAAGUAAGCUCCUGGGUGCUGCAGAGAGCGCCGCAGGUGGCUGCGUCGGGGAGGCUUCCAUGAUCACCGCUCUACUGCGCUCACCGUGGCCUUUGGCACGGUUGCUGGGGCGCUUGCGACCAAAAGCUCCAGACACAGAGAAUCCAGGAGCGGCUCCUGGUGGACUGCGGGGCUUGCAGUGGAUGCCACUGGAUGAAGAGCAGUUGCCGUAUACCCCUAGCGGGUCUGGCGCACAGAUCUACGAGCAAAGCAAUGAUGUGACCUUUCCCUGGGUGCAGUUCAUUGCACGUGCAGUGCCACCACAAGGGCUGUUUAUGGGGUUGCCUUGGCCGCAGGGGCUCCGCUUCACGGACAUUCAACGUGAGGCCAUGCAAUUGCUGGAGGCGUUUCCUGCAAGCAAUUACCCGAGCCCAUCAAAUGAUCGGCAGACUUGGAGGACCCUAUGCUUGGUCUGCAAGGACGGCCUUCAAGAUCCGGCCACCACCACUGAGGGGACCGUCUACGCCAAGACCGAGAUCUUGUCCCUUGCACCCGCGCUGGAGAAAUUCAUUGACCUCUUUGGGCCCACAGGCCUACCUUCUGAGAAGAUGGUUAUGGUGAGCAGUAUGCAGCUCAGCAGCUCCGGAUUCUUGAAGGUGCUCCUACUGUUGAUACAAAGCAACCUCGCCACUGACUGCAGCUUGUACCAUAUGCAGCCACUGCCACGCCAUGUGUGCAGCCACGUCACGCCUUGCGUCACGCCUCGUCACGGUGCGCUGGAUCCCCACGCUGCGGCCCACGUCGGCCCACGCCCGCGACCUGUGUCGCCACGUGUGGCCGCGGCGGCGUUUGCGCUCUUAAUCGGAGCUUGGGGGCGAAGAGCACGCUCCCCGGAGAAGAAGGAUAACAUACCACCCUCCUGUCGGGGUCGAGCUCUUGGCUCCCGGCGGUUUUGGGCGCGCCAAGCGCAGCGCCAAAAUGGCAGCGUGCCAAUCCCGGGCGCCAAGCGCUAUUGCGAGUUCCUGGUGGAUGCCGAUUCGGUGGGCCUCCCUUUGAUCCGCCAAGGCCUGCAGAUGCUCACGGACCACGGCUACCAAGUGCAAACCCUGCUCUUCGCUCCGCCAGGGCGGAUGCAACAGCCACACUGGUCGGACUUUGUGCAAGAGCCUGGGAUCUUCUUUCAACCCGUGGCUCGUGACAAGGGUGUCAUGGAUGCCACCGAUGAGGCCAUCAAGUCCGACAUUCGGGCCAUGAGCAAGUUGCCUUGGGCAGAGCAUAUGGCUAUCUUGACAGGGGAUGAUGACUUCGUUCCCAGCGUGCAAGAGUUCUGUGCCAGCGGACGCUCGGCGAUGGUACUCCUUCCGCCGGGCAAGACCAGCUGCUUGAAGCGCUACAGCGAGGAGACGGAGGCCCAGGUUUGUACCCUGAAGCCACCCAGGUCGUUGGUGAAAUGCCCAACUGUGAUGGCCCUGUUGCACGCAACAGGGGAUGGAUCACUGCAGGAGCGGCAACUCCAAUGGCCUGAGGAACGCUGCCUUCAGCUCGACGAGAUGUUAAAGACGUUGGCCGAGCUCGGCUACUACCAUCCAGAAGAUGAAUUUUGGCAUCAUGCCGUUGCAAAGUUUUGGUUUGCAAACUCCCUGGGCACGGUCCCGGUCUAUCCCAGCUGGCUCCUGCACGACGCCGUGGCAAUGGUUCUAGUGCCCGACGCGAAGCGCUGGACGCCCCGGGGUGCGCGGCGCUGGGCCUUCGUUCUGCCACGCGUCGACUCGGAAGGCCCAGGCUUGAAGGCUUGGAAGUACGCCAGCCGCUUGGAUGCCGAAGUCGCCCGAGCUGGCAUUGGGCCCUUCAUGUUGGAAGACUCCGAGGACUUGGCAGAAGAAGUCUUGCGAAGGCUCGGAUAUCUGGACCCCGGAGAGGUUCACAACUCCGACUUCCGAGAGGCGGCCAGCGCCUUCUGCCAGUGCCUUCACACGAACCGCUAUAUGUUACGAAAGAUGUUGCUGAUGCCGGAACCUGGCGACAGCGUGCAAGAGCUGAAGCGCAAAUUGAGGGAGGCAUUUCUGUCACAUAACUCCAAUGGUCGGUGGGCGAUUGCCCCAGAGGAUUCCGAGAUCCGCAGCUUUUUGUGCCAAGAGGGCUAUUUGGAAGCCACGACUGUUCCGGAGGAGGCAGUCUUCCAAGCGAUGCAGAGCUAUGCCAAGGAGAAGAGACUACCAGCGAAGAGAAGCAAGAUUGGCUAUACCAGCAUGUUGAUUGCCAGAGUCCUCCGGCCUCGCAGUGGGGUACAUGUUCCGCAGUAUGUCCGGCCGAGACUGAGAGGUCCUCAACGGUGA